AUGAAGGACCCUUCUCAUGGCUGCCCCUCGGUAUGCCUGAACAGAGACUCAUCUCGUUUUAUCCUGCUGGGGUUUCUCAUCACCUUGUACAUGCUGGCCGGGGCGGCCAUCUUCUCAGCUCUGGAGAGGCCAGGGGAGCAGUUUGCCCAGCAGUGCUGGGAGGGAAGGCUGGAGGGCUUCGGACAAGACCAUGGGAUCAGCCUAGAGGACCUGAGAGCCCUGCUGGAAGACUACGAGGAGGCCAACGCAGCGGGCAUCCGCAUGGACGCCCGUAGAGAUCGCUGGGACUUUGCUGGGUCCUUCUACUUUGUUGGCACGGUUGUCUCCACGAUAGGUUUUGGCAUGACAGCCCCCUCCACCACCGUGGCUAAGGUCAUCCUGGUGUUUUACGGUCUGGUUGGCUGCUCGGCCGCCAUCCUCUUCUUUAACCUCUUCCUGGAACGAGUCAUCACCAUGCUGGGCCUCCUCAUGCAUUGGUGCCACCGCAGACGGACGCCUCACUGCAGGCCUCACGGAGCUGGAUGGCCAACACUGGAGGCUGCAAAGAAGGCUGAAGAUGGAGAGGCUGUGGGAGGAGCUAGCGGAGACACCAGUGAGGGGCCACAUGGAGAUACAUGGAGGCCGUCCGUGUAUCAUGUCACUCUCAUACUCUUCGCCACCACUCUAGUGGUGAGCUGUGGCGCUGCCACGCUCUACUCCACCAUGGAGGGGUGGAGCUACUUUGAAUCGCUGUAUUUCUGCUUUGUGGCAUUUAGCACGGUGGGGUUUGGGGACCUGGUGAGCGGGCAGAGGGAGCACCACGAGGACAGCCGGGGCUACCAGCUGGCCAAUGGUCUCCUGAUGUUGCUGGGUGUCUGCUGCACCUACUCCCUCUUUAACACUGUCUCUGUCAUCAUCAAGGAGGGGCUGAAUUGGACCCUGGGCCAGCUGCUCCUCCUACGAGGCUGUGCGUGUCCUGGUGGCCCUCAGGAGGAUUUUUCAGGACUGCUGGUUCUCCUCUGCCCUGUCAGUCCCUGCCCCUCUGUUCACCACACCCAGCCUCACACAAACCACCGGCAUCCCCAGACAACUGAUCACAGCUGGGACCAACGCACAGCGGGCUCCUUGCCACAUCCCACGUUUAAAUGUCGAUGUGCUAAUGCUGUGGUUGAGACAGUGUACUGUGGAGGUGUAGGCUCCACAGAGACCACCACUGCUGUUAUGACGCAAGCACAUAAUUCAUGUAGUUAA